GACACCUGACAUGGAGCUCAUAUUUGGCAGGAAUAAGAAGGAACAACUGGAGCCCGUGAAGGCCCACGUGACGGGCAAGAUCCCAACAUGGCUGCAGGGCACUCUGCUUCGGAAUGGGCCUGGGAUGCACACGGUGGGAGAGACCAGGUACAACCACUGGUUUGAUGGCCUGGCCUUGCUGCACAGCUUCACGAUUCGAGACAGUGAAGUCUACUACAGGAGCAAAUACCUGAGAAGCAGCACCUACACCGCCAACAUCGAGGCAAACCGGAUUGUGGUGUCCGAGUUUGGGACGAUGGCCUAUCCAGACCCCUGCAAAAACGUAUUUGCCAAAGCUUUCUCCUACUUGUCCCACACCAUCCCAGAUUUCACCGACAACUGCCUCAUUAACAUCAUGAGGUGUGGAGAAGACUUCUAUGCAACCACAGAAACCAAUUACAUCAGGAAAAUCAACCCACAGACUCUGGAAACCCUGGAGAAGGUUGAUUACCGGAAGUACGUGGCUGUAAAUCUGGCCACGUCUCAUCCUCACUAUGAUGAGGCUGGAAAUGUUCUCAACAUGGGCACGUCCAUCGUGGACAAGGGGAAGACGAAGUACGUGAUGUUUAAGAUCCCUGCCAAGGUGCCAGAGGACAAGAAGAAGGGGAAGAAUGCCUGCCUGAAGCACAUUGAGGUGUUCUGCUCCAUCCCCUCACGCUCCCUGCUCGCCCCGAGCUACUACCACAGUUUCGGGGUCACCGAGAACUACAUCAUCUUCCUGGAGCAGCCAUUCAGGUUGGACAUCCUCAAGAUGGCAACUGCCUACAUGCGGGGAGUGAGCUGGGCAUCCUGCAUGACCUUCCACAAGGAGGACAAGACUUACAUCCACAUCAUUGACCAGCGGACCAGGAAGCCUGUGGUGACCAAGUAUUACACAGACGCGCUGGUUGUCUUCCACCACGUCAAUGCCUAUGAGGACGGCGGCUGCGUGGUAUUUGAUGUCAUCGCCUACAAGGACAGCAGCCUGUACCAGCUCUUCUACUUGGCCAACCUGAACCAGGACUUCGCGGAGAAUUGCAAGCUCACCUCCACCCCCACCCUCAAGAGGUUCGCGGUGCCCCUCCACGUGGACCAGGAAGCAGAAGUGGGCUCUAAUUUAAUCAAACUGGCAUCUACAACAGCAACAGCAGUGAAGGAGAGCGAGGACCACGUGCACUGCCAGCCCGAGCUGCUCUAUGAAGGCUUGGAGCUUCCUCGGAUCAACUACACUCACAACGGGAAACCGUACCGGUACGUCUUUGCUGCUGAAGUCCAGUGGAGCCCAAUCCCAUCCAAGAUACUCAAAUAUGACAUUGUCACAAAGACUUCCUUAAAGUGGGAAGAGGAGGACUGCUGGCCAGCAGAGCCACUGUUUGUACCUGCACCAGACGCCCAGGACGAGGAUGACGGAAUUAUCUUAUCUGCCAUCGUUUCUACCGAUCCCCAAAAACCUCCUUUUCUGCUCAUUCUGGAUGCCAAAAGCUUCACGGAGCUGGCCCGUGCCUCUGUGGAUGUGGACAUGCACCUGGACCUGCAUGGGCUGUUCAUCCCUGAUGCACGGGACCCCUUCCCUGACAAGGAGGACAGGGCUGAGGCCUCAGACCACCUGGAGCCCCAGCAGGCCUGA